AUGGUUCAACCGUCUGCGACAGUUGUCCCUCCAGAAGUUUUAUCUUCAGCAACUCCUACAAGGAGUCUACCCACCCUUGUUGGAUACCCUAGCCAGGGACAUUACAAUAAUCUUCAACCUCGUAUAACCCCUACUCCUACAUCGACAUGCCCGCCGAAUGCGCUUGUCGUCCAACUAUCCACGACACUGCUCAUACCCGACUACUCUCGUUUCUUUGCACCUACCAAUAUCGAGACAUUUUCGCCCUCCUACACAGCACUCGCCGAUGGAUCUUUACUUACACCUCCCUUCAAUCGAGACAUAACAGACUCCAACCUUAGUCUUCUCGUCACCGGAGCAUUAGCAAUAAUAUUUGCCAGAAAUAUCAUCGUUUCUGGAGACUAUGUCCGCCGCGGAAAGGUCAAAAAGAGAUUUCUCUUCUAUGUUCUCUUUCUCAGUCAAAUUCUCUCACCAAUCGCUUUUAUUCCCGUUAUUCUAUCAUAUUUUAGCCAGAGCUUACAUUGUACUGCAGUGAUCAUUCUUUCCUGUGUAUCUGGAACUACUUCGCUUGCUCUUCUGAUAACUGUAAUUCUGGGAGUGAAGGUGUAUAAAUGUCUAAAUAACGCAUGGUUUGUCCUCGUAAUUCUGGGCUUAUUCCAAGCGGCAUCCACAACUUUGGUCGUAUUCGACGUCAUCUCAACCAAAGGCAUCCGUCGAUUAACAGGUAGCAGUUGUAUACGCAGUGACGAUCUGCGAUAUACUCGGUAUUUUGUUAUCACGCAAUUUCUGGAGUCGUUAUUCAUUUGCUGCUGUUUCGUUUAUGUUUGUUGGAAAUCUCGUGGUUCUCCUGAUGCUCGAGGCAGAAUCUCUAUCGAGCUUUCGAUGGAUGAAUUGCCCAUCGAAGUACCGGAGGAUCCUCCUGAAAAGGUUCAGACUACUCGAAGGGGAUGGUGGGAUUACGUCUCUGAAGUGGACAAUAGGCCUGAACCCGAUGACCGUGAAACUACCAUAAAAAAACCGCCAAAGCGAGUGUUGAAAACCUUCCUAUCUACUAUAGGCGACUUUCGAGAGAGACAAAGGGAAAUCAAAAGGAAGAGGUUAAGAGCGUACAAGAAAACGGCACAAAGAAACGUAGAGAACCCUUCAAAUCUUCCUCGAGAGGGUGAAAUGAAUGAUUCAAGAAAUUCUUUCGCACCCUCAUAUAUGAGUAGAUUAAGCCGAUUAAUCCCGCGUAUGGAAUUGUUCCAAGAAGUUAUUAAGGAUGAGUUACUUUAUACCACAUUCUUUACCUCUACGUGUGUUAUAGUUGCCGUUCUUGCUAUCAUUGGAGUCAAUUUCAAGAAUGGUCUUAGCGUCACAGGCUGGAUAGCUCUUAACUGCAACUUCGGACGUGUUGUUCACAGACAUGAACGAGAUGUUCUCCUACAACAACCUACCAGGUGUGCGAUAAUAACGCAAGCCGCCAACAAAAUUGCCGCCCGAGAACGGAGGACGCAAGCGCGGACUCUCUCAAGCACCCUUCCACUGACACGAAGCUUACGGAUCGCCAGCACCAGCGAUCCAUUCGCAGAUACGCAUGCUCUGGAGAAACCUACCAAUCCUUUCAUUUCGGCACUCGAUGACAAAGUAUCCGGGGAGCAGCCGUCUCCCGAGGAUCAUGACUUCUCUUCGACAAUUUCCAUCCUACGGCCAAAUCAGCGAGACGAAAAUAUGACCACUUCUCAAUUUGCAGCCAGACAUUUAUCGCAACUUCCACAAGAUCUUGAUGUUCCAACUUCAACAUUGGGGACUCCUCUGGUUCCUGUCAGUGAAGCUGAUAUCUCUCAACAACAAAGGUUUUAUCAGGACUGGAUCAUCUCAGGCAGUCGACCAUCCAGUUAUUCAGCGAGCGAGCGCAGCAUCCAAGUUCGCGAGACCUUAUACGGCGAUAGAACCCAAUGA